AUGCCUCGGAGCUCACGUAUUGUGUGGAGUAACGCGCAGGACUUCGUCUUUAGCUCGUGCGCCCAUCCGGGACCAGGAAUCUCAAAUAUCCACGAUUAUGGACUAACUCAGUGCACCUUGCCGGUCAUCUCCGGGGUAGAGCGUGACAAAUCUUUGUCCGGAAAGAGUAGGAUGGAAAGAGGGACCACCACUGCACCUUAUCCGGUCAACAUGGGCAGUGCAGUGAGGGAGCGAAUGGUUCCCGACAUAACUCCGCAUUUACCGCACAAACAGCCGCGAAACCUGUUGAGAGAUGAGCCAGCUGAUAAUGGAGUCCGAGAAGUAAGCAAGGGGCCAAGACCAGAAGUUUCUUUGAGGCGCAACAAAGAAGGAAACCGUGCAUCGCAUCGAGGGACGAGGAGUGGGGAAUUGGCGCGGUGA